UCGCCGCCGACUGGCUGGCUCAGUCAAGCUGAAACCGCGAAGGACCGCGAUAGAGCGAGGCGAGCGAGCGAGCGAGCGGGCGCGCGCGUGCCUUACGGGCCUCUCGCGAGCGUUUCACCGUUUCUCCGACGCCGCUCGUUCGCCGCCGACCGCGGGAGGAAAAGGAUUCCGCGUCCUACGUGCGCGCGGUGAUCUGUCAAAUCGGCCGCGCGAGUUACGAGACGACGCGGUGCGACGAGUGAAGCGGGGCCCUCCCGCGCGAUAACGAUGCCCCCGGGAGUGAGGACGGGCGAAUUUUUCGCGUGGACCUGUGACGCGCGAUAAGACGCGCGCGAUACGCCGCGGCUCGAGCGGCGGCGGAAUAACAACCGGGCGAGUUCUCCGCGAUUCCGCCGCGGCCGCGACGAUGCUCCCGUCGCGGUCCUUACGGCUAACCAGGCGUUACGAUAUCAGUGGAAUAAACGAAAGUCGUGUGCGCCUUAUCGGCAGUUAGCGUAUCGGUGCGCCUUAAAAAGCGCGCUGAAUCAUCGCGCGGUUAAAAUUGACGGUGCGCCGCGAGUGCGUCGUUUGUGCGAGGCCUCUGCGCAAGGUGCGCUGUGCGGAGUUGCACAACCGGGUACGAUAACGGCGAGGAAGAAAAAUCGGCCGCGCGGGGUCGACCGUGAUCCCGAUGUUUAAAGGUCGCCAAAUCAACGAGGCGGAGAUCAAUCGAAGGGGCUAUUAAGUAGCUCUGCUCUCCUCCUCGCGUUAUACACGCGGAAAAUCACGACGGUGGAGCAGCAGGCGACUCGCUUGUGUGUCCGUCGGACACCGAGCGUAUCUUCUCUAACGCGAUUCCUUCUGCCAGUUAGCCAAAGAAUACUGUGGUAAUUCGCGAAUGUUGUUUACGAAUUGAAUUGAAUACGCGAGCGAGUGCGAGAAAACGAUGGGCUCGUAUCCCGGGACGGUGGACAACUCUCGUGACGAACAGUGAUGAUCGCGUACACGAUGAUCGAGCCACGCAGUGAUAGGGUGACGGUCUGCUCACCUCAAACUCAGCACCAAUGUUAUCAAGUGAUACGAACCACAAGGGUGCACCAAAGUUCGCGAAGCUCGAGGAUGGUGACCGUUCAGGAGAGGGUCGUCAGGUCGCGUCUUCAGUUGGGUUACUCCACGCCGACGUCGUUCAUCAAUCGCUUCCCGACGAAGGUGGACAGACCCUUGGCGUCGCACAGCAGCACGGCCGCCAGCCAGAUCCACGGCAACAGCAUGCACGGCGCGUACUCGUCCGGCAGCCAGACGUCCCUGUCGACGACGUCGUACAUCACCGGCCAGUCCUACAUGCAGAGCCAGAAUUACGCGCACGGGCCCCCGUAUCCUGCCGCGAGCGUCCAGGUCUACUCGCACAACGCGACGGGCUACUCGCAGCCGCAGAGCUACGGCACGAUGGUGCAGGGCUUCGGCGGGCAGCCGCAGUCCGCCGGCUAUCAGCAGAGCCACCUGAAGAAGGGCUCGGUCCGCAACGGCGACGUCCUCAAGCGGUGUCGGCUGCAGACCGCAUACGAGCUGUCGCAGGAUCUGCUCGACAAGCAGAUCGAGAUGCUGGAGCGGAAGUACGGCGGCGUGAAGGCGCGGAACGCGGCGCUGACGAUUCAACGUGCCUUUCGGAGGUACACGUUGCUGAAGAAGUUCGCGGCGAUCACGGCGAUGGCCAAGGCGGAGAAGCGAUUGAGCAGGAAGCUUCAGGAGGCGGCGACGGAUCGCUCGGGCAACCUCAACGAUCACGAGAGAAUGGUUUACCACAGUCAGAUAUACAUUCAGCAGGCACAGUCCGCCAACAGCAGACCGAUGCCGAUCCGAAGCAUGUCUCUCAGGGAGAGGCGGCACGUGGACAACUCGCAAUCGCCUAUACCGAGGAGUCAGAGCGGUAGAUGCGAGGUGCAGGUCAGCGGCCAUCAACACACGAAUCACAAUUUGCAUCAGAGCGGCAGGCAUACGCCUUCAUUGGCGCCCAGCCCGUGUAACCGACAUCAGCAAUUACCACCGAGUCCCUGCUGGGAGUCGAGCUCCCAGGAGAGCGGCUCCAGUAUCCAUUAUUACAAUCCACAGGAAGCCUUGUGCGGCUUGAGACAAGAGACGCCGCCGAGAGAUUUGCUGCGGACACCAUGUACGUCGCCGUCGACGCCGCACAAUCUGCAGACGACGAUAUCGCAAAAUUGGAACAACGCCAACCAGCUUGGUCCUGGCAGAACGAGAGGUUCCGGCAAGAAGGUCCCGCCGGAGGUGCCGAAGAGAACGUCCUCCAUCUCCUCGAGAUCUAUGGAGCCGCGACACAACGGUCUCAGUAAAAGCGUGGAGAACGGAAGUCUGAGCUCGGUGCAGAGUUCCGGCAGCGACUCCACCAAUUGCGAGAGCUCCGAGGGCGAUGCCCAGAGAGGGUCGCCCGUUUGGAAGCACAAAGGGAUUUCGAGUUCGCCGGAGCACCAGGAAUGCGCGAGUCAUACCACGGACGCGGCGGCGAUGGCCGCUAACGUGAAGGAGUUUGGCCACUCACACGCCAGCUCCGGCUACCAGCUUCCCCUGAUGGACCACACGGAGAGUCUGCCGACUCAAACGAGCUACAAGGUGUCCGAGACGGUGAGGAAGCGGCAGUACAGGGUCGGCCUAAAUCUUUUCAAUAAGAAACCGGAGAGGGGGAUCAGUUACCUCAUCAGACGUGGAUUUUUGGAGAACAGUCCGCAAGGGGUCGCCAGAUUCUUGAUCAGUCGGAAGGGAUUGUCUAAACAGAUGAUAGGAGAGUACCUCGGGAAUUUGCAGAACACUUUCAACAUGGCGGUGCUUGAAUGUUUUUCUCAAGAGCUAGAUCUCUCUGGAAUGCAAGUGGAUGUCGCUUUACGAAAGUUUCAAGCCUACUUCAGAAUGCCUGGCGAGGCGCAGAAGAUCGAACGGCUAAUGGAGGUUUUCAGCCAACGUUACUGCCAGUGCAAUCACGAUGUAAUAUCGAGGCUGCGGUCGGCAGACACUGUUUUUGUCCUGGCCUUCGCUAUUAUCAUGCUUAAUACGGAUUUGCAUACACCGAAUCUGAAGCCUGAGCGCAGAAUGAGACUCGAGGAUUUCAUAAAGAAUCUUCGAGGAAUCGAUGAUUGCGGCGACAUAGACCGGGAUAUUCUAGUUGGCAUUUACGAACGGGUAAAAGAUAACGAGUUCAAGCCGGGCUCCGACCACGUGUCGCAAGUAAUGAAGGUCCAGGCGACUAUUGUUGGAAAGAAGCCAAACAUGGCGCUGCCGCACAGAAGAUUGGUGUGUUACUGCAGGCUCUACGAGAUACCGGACAUCCACAAGAAGGAGAGACCUGGCGUUCAUCAGAGAGAGGUUUUCCUCUUUAACGACCUGCUCGUCGUUACGAAGAUCCUGAGCAAGAAGAAGAACAGUGUAACUUACACUUUCAGGCAGAGCUUUACACUUUGCGGCAUGAUGGUCACUCUAUUCGAGGUUCCACAUUAUCCAUAUGGCAUAAGACUCUCACAGCGUGUCGACGGAAAAGUUCUAGUCACAUUUAACGCUCGAAAUGAGCACGACAGGUGUAAAUUUGUGGAGGAUCUUAGGGAAUCCAUCAGUGAGAUGGACGAGAUGGAAACUUUGCGUAUCGAAACGGAAUUGGAGAGACAAAAGAGCAGUAGGGGCGCGCGCGGCGGCGCGGAAAACAGAGACUCCGGCGUUGCCGACGUGGAGAUAUGUCCUUGCCCCGGGACUUGUUCCGACAGAGCAGAAACGGUCGAUGUCGAUACGCAGCUGAAACGUUCCGCCCUUAGUAAUUCUCUCCUGGACAUACACGAGCAGUUUGCCGGCGAGAAGCCACAGCGUCGUGGAAGCGUGGGCUCUUUGGACAGCGGUAUGUCUAUUUCAUUUCAAUCCACUUCUGCCAGCUCGAUGAGCCAAGGCAUCAAGCAUCCUGGACAAGUUCAUCCUAUUCAUCCAGGGGUUACGAUCCCUGGUCCCGGUGGUAAGGGACUGGCUCAGCAGUCGUCUUUUUUAGGAGGUCUCUUCGCCAAACGAGAACGAAAGCUAUCGCAAUCUGAAGAGUCCGGCCCUUACAGUCGUACCACGGAAGUAUAAUGUACUCUUCCAAUUACGUAAACGAGGUACACUUUUGUAUUUUCCUUUAGCGCGCUUCGUGUUUUUAAUGAGCUGAGGACGUCUCGCGUCGAUGGCGCGGAUUUUAACUAGCAAUAAUUAUUCCUUAAUUUAUUCGUAUUGAUAAAGUUACGAGCGUCAUUUUCCCUAUUUGGAGCUUCUUGUCGGAAAAAUUUUCAACGAAAAAGAAAGCGAGUCGAUACAAGCAGCAAGACUGCCGCGAACUGUUCUGUUAGCGUACUAAUAGAGUGAUGAUCGUUUUAUACGUAUACCACGAGGCGUGCUAAAGGGUUAGAGAGGUAGCGACGACAGGUAACGCUAAGAAGGACGUAAAUCUGAAGGAUUGGGCAGGAUCCAAUCGAGAUCACCUGGCGCACUUAAAGAAAGAGAAAGAAAAUUUUAACCUAUUCUCCCCUCCCGAAAUUGUGUAUAGUAUUUAUUCAUCUGAAACGGAAAACUAAUGGACACGUUUUUCAUACUGUAUUUAUAGUUUACGAGGAUACCGAAUGAUAUAGAAUUGUGUGUUGAUAAUAUUAUUACAUUUUUUGCUUAGUUUUACACCGUAGGCGGGCGUUAACGAGUAGAAUUUAACGAAGAGAAAAUCGUAAGUCACAAGAGUUGUAAGAAUAACGAGAUAUCUUAUCGAGAGUUUCUAAUAGUAAUCGCUAUCAGCAAGUAUUAUCAUCAUCACCGAUUCGAGGAGCUGUAAAUAAUAGACGUAUAAACGACGUUCGAAGCGAGUUGUCACGUGUAAACGAAAGGGAGCUAGCGUAAGGGAAAUGAUAAGCAAUCUCUAUCGAUGUUAGGUGCAUGUUGAUGUCUAACGAUUUUUAUUAUCGGAAAAAAAACGUGAAGUUUGAAUGUAGCAAUGAAAUAAGACUUAACGUAAGACGUAAGACGUGUUUGUCAUUAUAGCGACCUAUUGAUAAUCUCAUUCACGAGAAGUAGUUUUUGCUUAUGUACGUUGAAAUUUUGACUCGAAGUUGUUCGCAUUUUCACUAAAAGGGAAGAAGAGAAAACGGGAGACAAGAAGACCAGAUCGUGUGUUAAAAUAUAUUAUCCGUGAUUAAUUCGUUUCUCGUCUUCCGCGGCGAGAGUAGACGAUAGAUCUAAACGUCGAUAAUACCGUCGCGAGAGUAUAAACACGUAAGCUAAGAUACGUACGCGAAACGAAGACAAAGAAAAAGAAGAAAAGAACGCGCAUGCCUUAUAUACUGCCAUGAUAAAAAACUCGCGCGACCGAGAAACGAACUAAUGAAAUCACAAUCGUAGAGGUGGUCGGAAGUUCUUUGUUUCCAAGAGGCGGAAUUGUAUGACAAACUAAUCGAUCAUGUACAUAGGCGCUGAUCGCAACAUCAGCUGGCUGUAAACAAGCAAACGGCGUUCAUUAAUUUAAUGAUAAUCUCCCGUUAAAAAUAACGCAUCUACAUAGGAGGAGUGUUUAAUAUAAUUCUACUUUAGGCUUUUUUUUAACUGUCCCGCGCUCUAAUUUCUUUAGCAUCGAGAACAUCGGGCGUAUUCGAAGGAUUUUAACGACGUUACGCAGGCGAGAGAGAGAGAGAGAGAAAGAGCGAGUACUCUCGGCCACAUUUUUCACAUCGGCGAUAAAUUUGUAAUUAUCGUUAACUUAAGAUUAAGAUCCGUUGGAGGGAACGAGAUUGCGGUCGGUCGAAGAUACUAUUGCGAAAAAGAUCCCCGUGCGACGUUCUCGUGAGUGUAGGUAUUGGAAUUUCACAGUUCUCUCGCGCACAGAAAGGGAAAGCGGUGCCUAGAGAGAUAAUCACGUCGCGCCGGCAAAUUUUUAUACGUAUACCACAUGACGUUCGACACGCUAAUUCUAAUUCUCGCGCUCGUCACGUCUGCUAACCAACUGUUAUCGACUGGCUCUUGAUACACGGGCGACCGGCGUAAUGCUGAUGUACUUUAUAAACGUUGUAAAAGCGAUCGAAUGUUGAACACUCCGUUCUAUUUAUGAUUCUAAUAAAGAGAAACGAGAAAAGGA